AUGUCUUCACUCGUAUUUAUCAAAGCUCAAGAAUUAUUAAUCGAUAUUUAUGAACGACUCGAUGAUCUUGACGCUGAUAAAGCUGAGGCUCGAGCUGGAAGAAUUUUGCAUGGGUUGGGAUUUACAAAGAAAAUGCAACAAAAGAAAUGCAAAGAUUUCUCCGGUGGUUGGAGGAUGCGUAUUGCUCUUGCCCGAGCCCUUUUCGUUAGUCCACAUCUACUACUACUCGACGAACCGACAAAUCAUCUCGACCUCGAUGCUUGUGUUUGGCUCGAGGAAGAACUUCGAAAUUAUAAACGCAUAUUAAUCAUGGUAUCGCAUUCACAAGAUUUUCUUAACGGUGUUUGCACAAAUAUCGUACAUUUAACUAAAAAGAAACUUUUUAUUUAUGGUGGUAAUUAUGAUGCGUAUGUUCAAACACGAAUGGAAUUGGAAACAAAUCAAAUGAAAAGAUAUCAAUGGGAACAAGAACAAGUAGCGAAGACAAAAGGUUUUAUUGCCCGAUUCGGUAGUGGUAGUCGAGCUUCUCAAGCUCAAAGUCGAGAGAAAACAUUAGCUAAAAUGAUAGAAAGUGGCUUAACAGAAAAAGUCAUUCAAGAAAAAACACUCUCAUUGGCGUUUCCUGAUCCGGGAAAGAUUCCGCCACCAUGUCUAAUGGUGCAAGGUGUUGCGUUUCGUUAUUCGGAUAAUACUGAUUGGAUUUAUACAAAUCUGGAUUUCGGUAUUGAUCUUGACACACGUGUUGCAUUAGUCGGUCCAAAUGGUGCUGGAAAAUCCACUUUAUUAAAAUUAAUUGACAAUCAAUUAUUACCAACAAAGGGACAAAUCCGUCGUAAUGCACAUUUACGUAUGGGUCGUUAUCAUCAACAUUUAGCUGAACAAUUAGAUCUUAAUUUAUCGGCAUUGGAUUAUAUGAUGAAAUGUUUUCCUGAUGUGACAGAAAAAGAAGAAAUGAGAAGAAUUAUCGGUCGAUUUGGUCUAACCGGUCGACAACAAAUAUGCCCUAUGAGAAAUCUAUCGGAUGGACAACGAUGUCGAGUGAGUUUUGCUUGGUUAGCUUGGCAAUGUCCACACUUAUUAUUACUGGACGAACCAACAAAUCAUCUUGAUAUCGAAACAAUCGAUGCAUUAGCUGACGCCAUACGGAACUUUGCUGGUGGAAUGGUUCUUGUUAGUCACGAUUUUCGUUUGAUUCGACAAGUUGCCGAUAAAAUUUGGGUUUGCGAAAAUCAAGAAGUUAAAGAAUGGCCCGGUGAUAUUCUCAGUUACAAAGAACAUUUACGACAGAAAAUGCAAGCAGACUUUGCUCCAGCAAAGAAAUAA